AUGGAGUUGGCUUAUCUGGCAAGGAAUUUUUCCUCUACUGAAAUACCAGAGCCUGUGUACCAGUACUACAGCCGUGUACCAGUACCAGAGCCUGUGUACCAGUACUACAGCCGUGUACCAGUACCAGAGCCUGUGUACCAGUACUACAGCCGUGAACCAGUACCAGAGCCUGUGUACCAGUACUACAGCCGUGAACCAGUACCAGAGCCUGUGUACCAGUACUACAGCCGUGAACCAGUACCAGAGCCUGUGUACCAGUACUACAGCCGUGAACCAGUACCAGAGCCUGUGUACCAGUACUACAGCCGUGAACCAGUACCAGAGCCUGUGUACCAGUACUACAGCCGUGUACCAGUACCAGAGCCUGUGUACCAGUACUACAGCCCCGUGAACCAGUACUACAGCCGUGAACCAGUACCAGAGCCUGUGUACCAGUACUACAGCCGUGAACCAGUACCAGAGCCUGUGUACCAGUACUACAGCCGUGAACCAGUACCAGAGCCUGUGUACCAGUACUACAGCCGUGUACCAGUACCAGAGCCUAUGUACCAGUACUACAGCCGUGUACCAGUACUAGAGUCUGUGUACCAGUACUACAGCCGUGUACCAGUACCAGAGCCUGUGUACCAAAAGCGUAGAAGUUAG